CUUGUUGUUGUUCUGUUUGUUUGCGAAUCAACUCCUUGCAACACCACGAUUGAGGCGAGUUUUCACUAUCAAUUCGUUCUUCCACAGGUGCAUAGUGAAAAAAAUAAAUGUUAACCUCGAUUUGAACAAUGUUUUUUGUCGUGGUUUUAAGCGUGCUUUCCUUGCCAUUCCUUUGGUGGUAUUUUUUUCUACAAAAAUUUAAAUCUCUUAGCGUCAUUCCUGGUCCACGACCUCUUCCACUUAUUGGGAAUGCAUUUGACAUCGGCGACACACCCAUAGCUCUGCUCAACAAUUGCGCGAAGUUGCUAAAUCAGUAUGGAGACGUUUUCAAAAUAUUCAUCGGCAACGAAUGCAAAGUUUUCAUUGCAAACGCAGAUUUUCUCGAGGAAAUCAUGAGUUCGAAUGUGCACAUCACCAAAUCGAACACGUAUGAUCUUUUGAAGCCUUUUUUGAACGAUGGACUGUUAACGAGCAGGGGAUCGAAGUGGAAAAAACGCAGAAAGAUGAUAACGCCAACAUUGCAUUUCAAAAUAUUGGAUCAAUUCCUUGAAGUUUUUAACUCAAGUACUGACAUUCUUAUCGCGAAAUUGUCAAGCGAAGUCGGAAAGGACUGGACAGACAUUUACCCUUACAUAAAUCUAUUUUCGCUUGACGUAAUCUGCGAGACAACAAUGGGGGUGAAAAUUUCCUCUCAAGAGGGCAAAAAUUCCGAAUUUGUACACGCUCUUUCUCACUAUUUUGACAUCUUGGUGGUGCGUGCAUUUUCUGCGUGGAAGAGAUUCGACUUUCUUUUUAAAUUUGCCGCGGAAUAUCCCUUACAAGAAAAAUACGUGGAGACUUUGCAAAAAUUCUGCAGUAGCGUCAUUGAGAAACGCCGCUUAGAAAAAAGCCCACAAGUCGUAGAAACAACUUCAGAUCUCGGAAUCAAGCGACGAAUCGCAUUGUUGGACUUGUUGCUCGAAUCAGACGACUUGACUAACGACGAUAUUAAAGAAGAAAUUAACACUUUCAUGUUUGCGGGUCACGAUACCACGACUUCUGGAGUCACCUUUGCAUUGUUAGCAUUGGCAGAAAAUCCAGAAAUACAACAAAAUGUGUACGAGGAAAUUUUGGAGGUAGUUGGUGAGGAAAAGUACGUGUCGAUGCAACAUUUACAAGACACGAAAUACUUGGAAAUGGUUAUCAAAGAGGUGCAACGGAAGUACAGUUCAGUGCCUUUUAUUGAACGUCAGCUAGAAAUGGAUGCCACUAUAUGUGGUGUUCAUUUUCCCAGAGGUGCCACGUUACAUUUGUAUCUUCAUGGCGUUCACCACAACGAAAAAUAUUUUCCCGAUCCGGAAAAAUUCGACCCCGAAAGAUUUUUGCCUCAUAGACAAGCAGAAAGACACAACUACGCUUUCGUGCCUUUUAGUGCUGGUCCUAGAAAUUGUAUUGGUCAAAAAUUUGCAAUGUUCGAUAUCAAGGUGCUAAUCAUAAAAAUUCUGCAGAAGUUUAAAAUUCUGCAAGCCCCUGACUACAAGCCUCAGCUGGGAAUGGCUGCAGUGUUGAAGUCUUACAAUGGAAUGCGGCUUCGGCUUACGCGAAGAGAUAGCGGAAAAUAAGUUGUAGCCACUUUUUUCGACAAAUAAUAAAUCUUGUCACUUACAUUCAAAUGUAAAUAUAACACUCUUCAAGGUGAACAAUUUAUAAAACAAAAAUAAAUUAAAAAAUGCAUUACAAAAA